CAACAAUAGUCCAAAUCCGCGAUUCCCAUUUUCUUUCAAGGAGCAUUAAAGUGUUAUAACAUCAGACGGAGCUCGCCUCUCUUAUUUCAGACAGAAGGUGGUGUGAAACUGUAGAAUCCCCCUUUGAAACUGUGCUUUGCGUGAAUACAUCGGGGAUCUCUUGUUUCGGUCCAAGUUAGUCCGGAGUAGCGGAGUAAUAUACAGGCUAUUUACUGUUGUUGCAUGCUUUCUUGGUAUACAAGAUCUCAUGUAUAGUUGAAUAUUUCAACCCCUCAGAAUUGCGUCCGCAGCGAUUAUCUGCCACUAUCGAAUUCCGUGACGCCUGAGCUACCUCUUCGAGUUCGUCACCUGAUGGUCCCGCCUUCCGUGGUGCAGAGCUGAAAUCUCAUUGGCAGAAUGGCAUGCCACUCUCCUCACAGCCAUUGAUUUAAGUAGUCGGCGGACUCCAGUGGGUCAUAUCCUGUGGAGCCAGAGGAUCUCUGUACAGGGCAAGGAGGCUGAACGUGUUACGCUGGGACCGAAGAUUGCUUCAAACAAGGCAGUCCUUGGAGAAGGUUGUUAAGUCAUGAUGCAAGAAUCCGGGACGGAGGCGUCGAGCAACGGUCCCGCCAGUCAGAACGGAGCGGCGAGCGCGAGCGCUGGACCCGGUGGCGGUGGCGUUGCUGGGGGCGGAGUCGUGGUGAGCGGCGGCGGUGUCACUGUCGCGGAGAGCAGCAGCAGUGCGGUGACGGUGAGGGACGUCCGCUCCAAGAGUGCCACGCCCUCCAUCGCUGACAUCACCGCCGCGGACCUCAUCACCCUGCAGCAACAGCAGGCGCUACAAGUGGCCCGUCAGAUCCUCCUGCAGCAGCAACAGCAGCAGUCUCAUCAGCAAGCAGGAGGUGCCAUUAAGUCCUCCAAAAACACUGACAAACAGGCUGGGCUGCAGGUCCCAGUGUCGCUGGCUAUGAUGACACCGCAGGUGAUAACCCCUCAGCAGAUGCAGCAGAUCCUUCAGCAGCAGGUCCUGAGCCCUCAGCAGCUCCAGGUCCUGCUACAGCAGCAGCAGGCCCUCAUGUUACAGCAGCAGUCUCUCCAAGAGUUCUACAAGAAGCAGCAGGAGCAGCUCCACCUGCAACUCCUGCAGCAGCAACAUGCAGGCUCCAAACAGAGCAAAGAGCAGGUGUCCCAGGCCCAGCAGUUGGCCUUCCAGCAGCAGCUCCUCCAGGUGCAACAGCUGCAGCAGCAGCACCUGCUCAACCUGCAGAGGCAAGGCCUGCUGACCAUCCAGCCAGGGCCCGGACAGAGCCCCCUGCCACUGCACACACUCACUCAGGGCAUGAUUCCAGCGGAGCUGCAGCAGCUGUGGAAGGAGGUGACGAGCGCUCACGUGAAGGAGGAGAACAACAACAAUAACAACAACGCCACCGGGGGCGCCACCACCAACACAUCCAGUGCAGCAACAGGAGGAGGAGGAGGAGGAGGUGGAACAACCGGAGGAGGUGGUAGCAGCAAUGGCCAUCGAGGCCUGGACCUGUCGUCGCCCACGCCGGCCAAAACCGCACUUCUCAACCAGCACGCAGCUACCAACGGCCAGUACAUGAGCAUGAAGAGAGAAGGGUCCACAGUGCUGGAGGACCACAGCCACCACCCCCACCACAGCCACCCGCUCUACGGCCACGGCGUAUGCAAGUGGCCCGGCUGCGAAGCCGUCUUCGAAGACUUCCAAGCAUUCCUCAAGCAUCUGAACGGUGAGCACGCCUUGGACGACCGCAGCACGGCACAGUGUCGAGUACAGAUGCAGGUGGUCCAGCAGCUCGAACUGCAGUUAGCGAAAGACAAAGAACGUCUGCAAGCUAUGAUGACUCAUCUACACGUCAAAUCCACUGAGCCCAAAACCACCCCACAGCCUCUGAACUUGGUGUCCAGCAUCACCUUGUCCAAAACGGCCCCCGCGUCCUCGCCGCCCCUCGGCCUCCCCCAGCCCCCCACCACCCCCACUACCCCCCUGACGCCCCUGUCCCAGGCCCACUCUGUCAUCACCCCCACCAGCCUGCAUAGUGUGGGGCCCAUGCGCCGCCGCUACUCAGACAAGUACAACAUGCCCAUCUCCCCAGAUCUCAUCCAGAACAAAGAGUUCUACAUGAACGCUGACGUGCGGCCUCCUUUCACGUACGCCUCUCUAAUCAGACAGGCAAUACUUGAUUCGCCAGAGAAGCAGCUAACACUAAACGAAAUCUACAACUGGUUCACGCGAAUGUUUGCGUACUUCCGACGCAACGCAGCCACGUGGAAGAACGCGGUGCGGCACAAUCUUAGUCUCCACAAGUGUUUUGUACGAGUAGAGAACGUAAAAGGGGCGGUGUGGACGGUGGACGAGAUUGAGUUCCAAAAGCGACGGCCACAGAAGAUCAGCGGCAGUCCUGCGCUGGUGAAAAACAUUCAGACUAGCCUGGCGUACGGUCCUGCCCUCUCUGCCGCCUUCCAGGCUUCAAUGGCAGAAAACAACAUACCUCUCUACACUACUGCCUCCAUUGGAAGUCCCACUCUGAACUCGCUGGCGAAUGCCAUCCGCGAGGAGAUGAAUGGGGCGCUGGACCAUGGAAACAGCAACGGCAGUGACAGCAGCCCGGGACGAUCCCCCUUGCCAGCUAUGCAUCACAUCAGUGUUAAAGAGGAGCCGCUGGACCCUGAAGAUCACGAAGGCCCGCUGUCCCUGGUGACCACGGCCAAUCACAGUCCAGACUUUGAUCUCCAUAGAGACUACGAGGACGACCAGGGGAUGACCGAUGACAUGCUGUAAGGGGCGGGGCCACUCCAGCCAGUCCCUCCUCCUCCUCCUCCUCCUCCUCCUACCCUUCACUCCCCCUGCAAAACCACCACCACAAACACACACACACACUUGCAAACCUACACACGUACACAUACACAUACUGUACACAUACACAUACACACACACACGUGCAUAUUAUGCAGUGUGAGACUGAACUGAAUCAAGUUGUCUGUGAGGCCACUGCAGAGACAGAAAAAGACUCUCUCUCACACACACUUACACACACACACACACACACACACACACACACAUAUGGCUGCGUUGUCAGUUCUUUGUUUGACAGCUAUAAAUUGUUUCAAUGAACAUUUAGUGCCAUUAUAAACAAUGAAAUACACCCUGUACAACCACAGCGACACCACAGAAGAAGAAAUAAAUAUAUUCCAUUUGGGAGUAUUUUUUAUUUGUAACUUUCAGUUUUGAAGAGAAGAAGAUGGACAACAACAAAACAAAUCAUUUCUACAAAUCGCGUAAUUGACUAGACCUGUUUGGUACUGGGGGACUUGAUGCGGUUGCCACGGGGACUCAAGGGUCAAAGUUCACGAGUGGACAUGGACUAGCGCAGCUGAUAUGAACUGCAGACAGUGACCCUGAAACUCACCCCCAUAGCACCUGGAGAAUCGGGGGGUACACACACACACACACACACACACACACACACACACACACACACACACACACACACACACACACACACACACACACACACACACACACACACACACACACACACACACACACACACACACACACGCGUAGACACAUAUACAUCAUUUACACAUGUACUCAAACUGUACUUGGUGUACCCCCCUGAAAUGGACUCCUCCAUGCGUGAGGGCAAGUGUGUUGUGUACUAACUGUGUGUAUUAAGUUCAUUUUCACUGCCUUCAACUCAUCGUUUGAUUUUGCUUCCAUUGUGGUCAGGAAGACUUUCCUUUUCUGAUUAUUUUUCUUCCUUUUUAAAAAUUUUAUUUUAGCGUCUUAGAGGGGGAAGGGGCGCAUGCAGCAAAAUCUAAACAUUGGCCCUCCUACUGUUGCCUUUCUUGGGUUGUUGACUUUUACUUUGUUGUUGCUGUUGUUGUUGCUGUUGUUGUUAUUAUUGAUUGUUCAUUUUUUUGUUUUCCUGCAAACUGAUCAGACCUCGUAGCCAUGCUGUGGAGAAUCCCUACGGUCAGCACAUGAUAACAAUGAUGAUGAAUGUUUUAGGAUUUUUUUUCUCUCUCUUCCAUGUUGUUCAAUUUUUUUGAAAUUUCAUUUCCUUUUGUUGUUUUUUUUUGUUUUUGUUUUUUUAAAUAUAUAAAUAUAUAUAAAUAGAUAUAUACUGUAUGUAUACACACGCCAACAGAAUGUCAGAUGCCGAGUAGUAUUUUUCUGUCAUUUAUUCCACCUGCUUCAAAGAAAGAUAGGAAGAAAAAAAUGCCAACUGUUCUCCCAUAGUGUAGCUUUGGCUACGUACGCCGCUACCCACGUCAUGAAGUGAAGUCCAGCGGCAAGGCAAGGUGCGGCAAGGCAAAUGCACUAGUCAUAAUGAAGGCUCUCUCUCUCUCCACGCAUCAAUGAAGUUUAAUUUACACAUGGGAAUGAAUGACAGAGAAAUCGCACAGGUUUAAAAGAUUUAUCAUUUACCAAAUUAUUACUUUUAGAAAAAAAAGAGAAAAAAGUCCCCCUCUUUUUACAGAGUAGGGCACAUCAGCCGUGGCCAAAUCACCCAUCUCGACGUCGCCGAGUCUGUGCAGAAAUGAAAUGUCAGGCUCAGGCAGCGAGAUAAUACUUCAUACCAACUAAUUGUGUUUUUCUUUAUUCUUUUUGUUCGUUUGCUCUUUCUUUCUUUUUUCUCUCUCCUUCUAGUUCUUUAUCAACCCAUUCCUCACUUGCAAUCAUCACCAAAAAAAAAAAAAAAAACGAUAACACAAAUGAAACUUCCAAGUUUUCAGCCGUUCGCCAUUUCUUGUCAUUUCAAGCGUCAGGGGACCCUGAAGCCUUGCUCGGAGGGAGACUCUCAAAGAAAGAAAGAAAAGAAAGAAAGAAAGCAUAAAAAGUGCAUUCCCUGUAGUUUUGAACAGCCUGUGCGGCCGAGCAGUUUCCCCUCUGCUUGUAUUAGUGAUUAUUUAUAAUUACACAUCAGACCAAAAGGCUGGGGGAUUAUAGAAGCCAAAGGGCUGGCAUUACGACCUGACCACUAAGCAUUACGGCAUUGAGAGGGGGAGCAGCCUCAGAGCUGCCACAGGCAUCCGACAAGCACCACGUUAACGGAUUGGUGGCUUUUUUUCCCCCCCUCCCCGUCGCUAACAUUGCACGAACCAAACAGACAUGUCAGCAUAGAGAUGCAACCACAUUAUGCAAUGUCUCCCCUCUUGUUAAACGACGGUUACGGAUGAAAUGUUUAUAGCUUGUAAACAAAACAAAUUGCCUACAAAGGGUAGAGAUCAUUCUUUCAAGUCUUUCAACAAAUGCGUAACGCAACGAUUUCCAAAUUGAAAUGGGUCUCUUUACACACCGACCUCCAUGAUUCAUGUGACUGCAACCAACCACUUUUUAAUUUAUUAUUAUACUUUUGUGUUCUUUUGCCUACUAUAGUUUGUAUAUGUGUCUGAUAUCUGUGACUACCAAAGAUAAAUUACCACAAAGAUAUUCUGUAAUAAUCCAUGCAAUAGUAGACCAGGCCAAAUAUCCUCCCAUUCUCUCUCGCUGGAUGCAAAGGAAAUAAUAAUAGCAUUAUAAAAAAGAAAAUACAAAGGUAGAGAUCAGUCUCGUCACAAAGGAAUUAGAAAAGUGUUUUGAGUUUUAAUUUUAGUCAACUUUUAAGCCAAAGGGGUUAUCUGUCAAACAGCUUUGCAAGGUUUUUUUUAUUAUUAUUAUUUAAUUUUAAUUGUCAUUUAUUUUAUUUUUUGCAAUGACCAAAAUGGAAAAAAUGAAAAGAUUAUGGAGUGAUCGAGACAAAAAAUGACCAAAAUUCCAAGACAAGGGGGAGUAUCUUUUGGACAGGAGAAGGGACAGUGGAGCAUUCCAUCAGUCUGUGUACUGUAGGAUAUAACCAUACACAUGACCAGGCCAACAUGAAUUUCAAACACACAAAUGUGAAAUGUUAUGUAUACUUCAACUGGACCACACAGUGAUUACAUUUUUAUUUCUUUGUAAAACAUAAUGUAUAAUUUUUAUUUUGUUUUGUUUUGGGGAUAAAAAAGAAGAAAAGAUUGUAAGCCACUUUGGUUUUGUUCUUCUGCAAAAGAACUGCUUUUCCUGAGAAGGCCUGUUUUUGGUUUGAUUUAUUUUGUUAACUUGGGCAAGCGCUUUAUGAUUGUGUGUGUGUGUGUUGUUUUUUUCUGUCAAGUUACUUUUUAUAUUAAAAAAAAAUAACACUCCUCUCCACGAAUAAGCUGGGUACAAGGUACUUUAGGGCGAUUAUUUUUUUCUUUGCUUUUGUUUUUGUUUUCUUCAAAAUCAUAUCCAUGCAUUUUGUCAUUAUCGAUUCUAAAGACAAGGGCAAUCUGUGGAGAAAGAGAAACACGUUCCCCACCACCGAGGCAGCUGAGGGACCAGGCACACAGAGACACCAAACGAGUCCCUGAUAACGAGUGCGUCCCAGUCUUAGCCCUGUCACCCAGUCUGGUUGGCAUCUAUAAAACCCGUGGAUAAAAAGCUGGUGGAUUUGGACCUUCACAGCAUGUGUAGCUUGACAUUACUAAAAAAAAAAGACUACAGCAUGAGACAACUGUUAGUACACAUACCUCAGUUCAGAUCUAUAGGGAAUGAUUCAAUUUAAAAAGAGAAUACAAGAGAGAACAUUUCACUCAGUUGCACUUAGUCGUAUGUCUUGCAUGUUUAGUCUAAAAACUGUAGCGGGGAAGAUAUUUUGAAAAGCUAUAAAAAAAAGAUGUUUUUUAAAAAAUACAGACACAUUUAGAGAUGUUUUUCUCACAUUCUUUUUUUUGCGAACCAGUCCAAACCUCAGGCGUAUUUUCCAUUAAGAAUUCACAUUGCUUUGUUCCAUCUUCUUCCACCGAACUUGCUUUUUUUUGGACCACCACUGAUGGUUUUGUUUUUUGUUUUUUCUUUAGUUUUUUUCGUGGGCUUUUCUUGCAUACGGUUGUACAUACCUGUCAGUAUAACCUUGUGUCCUGUCUUGUUUUUUUUUCCUUGUUCCUUUCAGAGAACAACAA